AUGCCGUGGUUCCCGGUGAAGAAGAUCCGCAAGCAAAUCAAGCUGCUACUGGUGCUGGUGCUGCUCACCUGCGCCGCGUGGCUCACGUACGUGCACCUGAGCCUGGUGCGCCAGGGCCGCGCAUUGCGCCAGCGGCUGGGCUACGGGCGAGAUGGCGAAAAGCUGGCUGGGGUGACCGAUGGCCGCGGUGUCCAGGCUGCACCAUCCACACAGAGGGCUGAGGAUUCCAGUGAGAGUCGAGAGGAGGAGCAGGUGGUGGAAGGUCAGGACCCAAGCAUACUCUUUCCUGGGGGGCCUGGGAGACCACCCUCCCUGAACCUCACACGACAGACCCCACUAUGGCGCAAGGAGUACAAGGGGCAGGUGAACCUCCAUGUGUUCGAGGACUGGUGUGGAGGGGCUGUGGGCCACCUGAGGAGGAACCUGCACUUUCCACUUUUCCCACAUACUCGCACCACUGUGAAGAAGUUGGCUGUGUCCCCCAAGUGGAAAAACUAUGGACUUCGGAUUUUUGGCUUCAUCCACCCUGCCAGAGAUGGAGAUGUCCAGUUCUCUGUGGCUUCAGAUGACAACUCAGAAUUCUGGCUAAGCCCUGAUGAGACUCCAGCAGGUGCCCAGCUUGUGGCCUUCGUGGGCAAGACUGGCUCAGAGUGGACAGCACCUGGAGAGUUCACCAAGUUCCAUUCCCAGGUGUCUCGGCCUAGGCGGCUCAUGGCCUCACGGAAGUACUACUUUGAGCUGCUGCACAAGCAAGAUGACCAAGGCUCCGACCAUGUAGAAGUGGGUUGGCGUGCUUUCCUCCCGGGCCUGAAGUUUGAGGUCAUUGACUCUGCCCACAUCUCCCUCUAUACAGAUGAGUCAUCCUUGAAGAUGGACCACGUGGCCCAUGUCCCCCAGUCCCCUGCCAGCUAUGUAGGAGGAGUCAGCCACAUGGGAGGACAGCGACAGGAAGAGCCAAGUGCUGACAUGCUGCGUCCUGAUGCCCGAGACACUUUCUUCCUCACUCCCCGGAUGGAGCCUGCGUACCUGGAGAAUGUGCUGGAGGCCUGCACCUAUGCCCCCACCUACGUCGUCAAGGACUUUCCCAUCGCCAGAUACCAGGGGCUGCAAUUUGUGUACCUGUCCUUUGUGUACCCCAAUGACUAUACACGCCUGACGCACAUGGAAACAGACAACAAGUGCUUCUACCGGGAGUCGCCCUUGUACCUGGAAAGGUUUGGGUUCUACAAGUACAUGAAGAUGGAUGAGGAGGAAGGGGAGGAAGAUGAGGAAGUGCAGCGCCGAGCCUUCCUUUUCCUCAAUCCAGAUGACUUCCUGGACGAUGAGGAUGAGGGCGAGCUACUAGACAGUCUGGAGCUUUCCAAGGCAACCAAGACACAGAACCAGCACCCCUCCCCAGUCCUCCCUACCGUGACCGGGGCCCCCUCCUGGUCACUGACUCCACCCCAGCCCCGAGACGUCAAGACCCCUCGGCGCUCCCGGGCACUGAAAUGGGCUCACCGGGCACCGUCCCGACCACUUUUCCUGGGUCAUGCUCCACAACCCCAUGCCAAGGCCCGGCCACCAACCCCUAAGGUAUAUGUCACUCGGGUGCGCCCAGGGAAGCCUGCACUGGCCCAGGCUCCUGCACCGCUCGCACCCCGCAGCCCACCCUGGGCUCCCUUCCCUGGCCUCUUCCUCCGCCCCAGGCCUUUGCCCAAGGUGCAUCUACGGGCACCCCCACGACCACCCUGGCCCCAUGGCCACAGAACCAGCACCCCCCUGGCCAGGGCACAAGUCCCCCAGGGUAGCCACUGGCGCACACCAGGACCUGUGGCACCCACUGUGAACUCAAACUCCUCAUCUGAGGCACGGCCAGUGACCUCCUUCCUGAGCCUAUCCCAGGUGUCCAGGCCUCAGCUUUCGGGGGAGCACAAGGAGGAGGAAGAGGAGGAGGGGGAUGAAGAUGAGGCCCCAGGCAAUGAGGCCGCAUCGGAGGACAGUGAGGAAGCAGUGCGCCCAGGCAGGCACCACGGCCGCUGGCGGGAGGACGCCAUUGACUGGCAGCGUACCUUCAGCGUGGCCACUAUGGACUUUGAGCUGCUGCGCUCUGAUUGGAACGACCUGCGGUGCAACGUGUCCGGGAACCUGCAGCUGGCGGAGGCUGAGGCUGUCGAUGUGGUGGCACAAUACAUGGAGCGGCUCAAUGCACGCCACGGCGGGCGCUUUGCGCUUUUGCGCAUCGUGAACGUGGAGAAGCGCAGGGACUCUGCGCGCGGGAGCCGCUUCCUGCUGGAGCUGGAGCUGCAGGAGCGAGGGGGUGGCCGCCUGCGCCUCUCUGAGUUCGUCUUCCUGCGGCUGCCUGGGGUCCGCACGGGGGACGUGGAUGGGGAUGCAGGGAGCCCCACACCUGCACCGGUGGCCUCCGAGCACCCUGAUGGCCGACCCGAGCUCUGCCGGCCCCUGCGCCUGGUGUGGCGCCAGGACGUAAUGGUGCACUUCAUCGUGCCAGUGAAGAACCAGGCGCGCUGGGUGGUACAGUUCCUGGCAGAUAUGGCCGCACUGCAUGCCCGCACUGGCGACUCGCACUUCAAUGUCGUCCUGGUGGACUUUGAGAGCGAGGACAUGGACAUCGAGCAGGCCCUGCAUGCAGCAAAGCUGCCCCGGUACCAGUACCUGAGACGGACAGGAAACUUUGAGCGCUCAGCAGGGCUGCAGGCAGGAGUGGACGCUGUGGAGGAUGCCAGCAGCAUCGUUUUCCUCUGUGACCUGCACAUCCACUUCCCGCCACACAUCCUGGACAGCAUCCGCAAGCACUGUGUGGAGGGCAAGCUGGCCUUUGCCCCUGUGGUCAUGCGGCUGGGCUGCGGGAGCUCACCAGAGAAGCCACAUGGCUACUGGGAGGUGAACGGCUUCGGCCUCUUUGGGAUCUAUAAGUCUGACUUCGAGCGUGUUGGGGGAAUGAACACGGAAGAGUUCCGAGACCAGUGGGGUGGCGAGGACUGGGAGCUCCUGGACAGGGUCCUGCAGGCAGGGCUGGAGGUGGAGCGGCUCCGUGUUAGGAACUUCUUCCACUACUUCCACUCCAAGCGUGGAAUGUGGGACACACGGAGCCGGAAGAACUCCCGGACAGACUGA